UUUAGAGGCGUAGAAGGCAUACGCAAUGUAUCUGAGUUGUUGGUAUUAUAACUCGCAGGGUUCACCACAUACCUCAGCUUUAUCUUGCGUUAUCCUCCUCUGGAUCAUCUGGAUCAACAUUGCGCAGUGAUGUUUGUGUGUGGUUUCAUUCGAUCAUUUAAACUUGGACACUGACAACAAGCACUCACUGCAUAAUGGUCAACCUCUGCUGCCUCUGCUGCGGUGAAAUCCCUCAACCCCGCCUCCCUCCGUCCGUCCAGGCGGCACCACCGCGGGAUCCCCGCUCCGUGCAGCAGCAGCAGCCUGCUGGCUCCGGCCCAGACGAUGUGAGGCUGAGGGGGCUCAAAAAGGGGGAGAAACCCAGAGGGAACAGAGCAAGUCAAUAGGAAGGAGUGAGUUUAUAACAUCGCUUUCUGACAUGCAAAAAGUGCAGCAUGCUCUCCUCCGAUCCGGUGCAGGACGCGGCGGCCAGAACUCCCAAUGAUGCUGAGGGAGAGGAGCAGGAGGAGGAGGAGGAGGAGGAGGAGGACUCCCCAGCUGAGAGGGAUGUCCUGGAGGAGGUAGGUCGUCCAGUGAAACAGUCCCUGGGUGCUUGCGUCUGCCGGGAGUCCCAUUGGCGCUGCCUGCUGCUCUCCCUGCUCAUGUACAGCUGCCUGGGCACGGUGGCCUGGUGUCAGCUGACCCGGGUCACCAAAAUCAGCUUCAACUCGGCCCUCACCUCCUCCUUCACGGCCUCCUUCACCUCCUCCCUGCGGGGGGCCUCUGGGAUGGGCGUCGGAGGACACUCAAUGAUCUACCACGACAGCCCCUGCUCUGACGGCUACAUCUACAUCCCUGUGGCCCUCCUGCUCAUACUCUACGUCUUAUACAUGGUGGAGUGCUGGCACUGCAGAGCCAGGAGCGAGCUGCAGAGCAAAGCCGACGUGGACAGUGUGUAUGAGCGCGUGCUGCGGAUGAGACAGGCCCAUCCUUGCAUAUGGUGGAAGGCUAUCAGCUACCACUUUGUGCGACGGACUCGGCAAGUCACUCGAUACCGUAACGGGGACGCAUACACCACCACGCAGGUGUACCAUGAGAGAGUGAACACCCACGUGGCUGAGGGUGAGUUUGACUACGGCCACUGUGGGAUGAAAGAUGUGUCGCGUGACCUCAGAGGCUUGGAGGGACAUCCGGCAACUCGCCUGCGCUUCACCAAAUGUUUCAGCUUCACAGAGGCCGGUCCAGAAAAUGAUUACCUCAACCAGAGAGCCAGGUUCUUCUCUGAAAUUGAGGGUUUGGACGAUUACAUGGAGGCCAGGGAGGGGAUGCAGCUGAAGAAUGUGGACUUCAGAGAAAACCUAAUAGCCUAUGUGGACCCAGAUAGGAUGCCUUGGUACGCUUCUCAGGUCGCCUUCUGGCUGGCAGCUCUGCUGAUGUUGUCCUGGCCUCUGAGGGUGCUUAUUGAGUACCGCACUGCUUAUGUGCACUACCGCAUAGAGAAACUAUUUGGGUUAGAGUACAGUCCCUCUCCUCUAGAUGAAGACUCCCCUCUGGGGAAUAAUACUGGUUGUGUUAUCCCAAGAGUAGACACACUGGACAGCACUGAGAUGGAGUGGCACAUACGCUGUAACCACCAGGUGAUCCCGAGCUACUCAGAGGCCAUGCUGAUAAACAUGAGCGCAGCAGACUCUCACUCACUACAAGACACAGAAUGCCCCUCAUCCUCAAACUGCUUCCUUCUGGACAGCAGCCAGACUGCUCAGAGUUACGGCGCUCUGCAAAGCCAGGAGGACUGCGAGCAAUGCACGGAGCCGAACGGGCAGGGUGACGGAGGAGGCAGGAGGAGGACCACCACCAGUUCCAGCUGCUCCUCCAUCUUCUCCUGCCGGGGAGCGCUGCUCCAUUCCCACCUCUCCUCGGACACGUCUCGAUUCUCCCUCUGCCGCAUGUACGGCUCCCAUCGCACCAUGGCUCUGUGGAGGAGCCGCAGCAGCAACCUGACUGACCCCUGCUGUGUGGACGAGCAGUGCUGCCGGUCUGACUCCAGCCAGCUGGCGCUCAGCGAGAGUCCGCCGACUUAUAGGGACGCCCGGUUCUUCCCAGUUCUCAUUGUGCAUCGGUCUGAGGCCCGUGGCAGCGAGGACGGGAGGGAAGUGAGGCGAUAUUACAUACGCAGAGGGUCUUCCUGUGUGGAGACAGAUCUGUGAGGGACAUAGACACUUAUUGAUGAGACAAAAUAGAUUCAAAUCAGUAAUGAUGGAUGGUGUUGGUCUCUGUUUGCUCCAUAAACAGAAAGACAUCAAUGAAGAUUUAUGGAGCUCUUUCAGAAAAAAAUCCACUGUACGUGAAGUAAUAGAAACUUCUAUUUUUUAACACAGUUACAAAAAGUCAAAGAUUCCUCGUAUGGAAUUGCACAUGUCUAUAUUAUUACAGUUAAAUUGUCAGUAUGAAAACAGACGCAGGUGUGGGACAAACAAGAUGUAGUGAAUCUAAAUGCUGCACCUCUGCAGUGUCAUACUCUCCGAGUGUCAGCAGCGUCUGUCAGCUGCAGUGUGUAUAAUGACAAUAAUCAUCUGAUUAAAUGGUGCAUACAUGCCACUUAGACAUGAAAACUGCACGACCUCCGCAUCCUAAUGUUUUUAUCACAAAACUUGGUUCUUACAUUGACCUUGUAUGUGUUAUUAUACGUGUAAGAAUUGUGCCACUUAGAGGUGAGAAUGAUUAAAAGAAAAGUUGCAUGUCAUUACCAUCAGUUAUUGUCUUUUGCCACAGUUGAUUUAUAGUGAAACCAAAGACACGAAUAUCUGUUUCGUUUGUUUGUUUGUUUGUUUGUUUUUCCAAAGACUUAUAUUAAACACCACAAAGCUUUUAUUGAUGAGCGUUAUGAUGAGUAGGAACAUGAACUGAAUGUCAAAAUGUAAGCAAUAAAAGUUGUACUGACGAACAGUUUUGUGACUUUUACCGUGUCUGUUUGAAGGGAAUAACAUGAUGUUUUAUUCACUCAAAUUAGUUGAUUAACUCAUACAUUGAAUCAUAUCACUGUGGCAAAUUUCAAUAUUUAAAUUUAAAUUCACAAACAAAUGUAUACGGCCCCUGUUCUGUGUGCUAAUAAAGAAU